AUGAACUUGCAUCGUGGGAUGUAUAGUGAGUUUCUCAGCCUCGUCACAACCCGGAUAAUCUAAUUUUCCCGUUUAGAAUCCAAGUUCAAGCGCAUUCCGAUUGCUCUGAUUAUCUGUAUCCUCUCCACUUUCGUCCUUGGUAAGUUCUCUGCUAUGACAUUCCACGUGGCAGAGAAAACGAUUACAGAAUCGACGGCCGUCAAUGAAAUUGGACCCGACUCCCAGGAAAUGGGCAUCAGAAGAGCUCCGAGAGCAGGUUAGAUUCGAGUCCAGAAACAUCGGAAACUUGAUUUGUUGCAGGAGAUUCUCUGUCGGAAUUUGCCGAAAAAAUGGCGAUGACCGCCCGUGUCACCAACGCGAUCUUCCUCCAGAACGGACUCGCCAACGGCUCCGUUCCGAUCGAGAACGUCGUCGCAGAACUUCUCAAUUUUGGGUCUGUUACGGUCAAGCAAGUCGUAGGCAUUGACACUAAAAAAGUGAUCGAAUUGACGGAAUCCCUAAAAGGAAUGCCUGCGAGCCUUGAUUCUUCCGACGCUGUACAUACGUUCGAGAAGUUUUUGUUAGAUACGAAUUACAUUCGAAUCGAAUCAGAGAGCAUAGGAAAUCUCACAAGUUUACCGGGACUCGACGCGUUCUUCAAAAACGUUGAAUACUUUAAAGUGAACAGCACGUUUUUCGAUCGACUAUCUCAUAUCGAACAAGUAUUCGAGUCUUUCUUUGAACGAUUGAGCAAUAUAAGAGAUGUAUACGAAAACAAAACUGAAAGUAACGUCCUGUUGUUAGUUGGUGAAGUGAAUUUGUUCCAUUUGUCUUUGACCAACGUCACCACUUCUCUGCAUGACCUCGAGAGCAUGAAGCAGAUCUUGACCAGCUCUGUCCCUUCGAAUAGUGGGCUACUCAAUCUGCGACCUGUUCAAAGAAUGUCGAGUCUUCUCUUUUUCCGAGACAAUCUUCAUUUUGCCGACGACAAAAGCGACCUAAACUUUGAUCAACUGUCGAAAAUUUCCGAGAAUGCGUCGAAGAUUUUGGUAGACUUGGAAUCGUUUGGAAAGCUUGUUAGAAACCAAUUCGCGCCUCUUCAAAAGCCGUUUGAGGAGUUUCUAAAAUUGUCGACAGAUGUGAAUAUUAAUGACUGGACCCUACAAGUUAUUGGAUCAUCGAAGAAUAACACAAAAUUGAGGGAGGCGCUGAAGCCGAUUCUUCUGCUGCACAGCCAUCUCAGUGGAAUUGGGAAAGACUGGAAUGGGAUCGGCACUGUUGAGAUUCAUCGGUCGACUGACAAUUUGAUAAGUAUAAUGGAAACGAUCGCAAACGUUUCAUUGAAAUCUCAAGAAGCGUCUCAAUUUUUCAACAUCUCUUACACUUGCUUGAAGCUUGGUGAUCUUGUAACUACAGGAACUACUCAGGAUGUGAAUGCGUUGAUCAAUGACGUCACACAGUUUGACAAUCGUGUUCAAUCGCUUCAAAAGUUUUUCGAUGGAUUAUCUGAAUUGGAUUUCGACGCAAUACUCAGCAAAGUCGCAGCUAUACUUGAAAUCUUUCAAUUUUCUGCGGAAGGUUCUAUAGAAUUACCGGGUAUUCUGGAGAACUUGAGAACGAAAGGGAAGGAUGACGUGGAAUCACUGCUGAACUUUGCAAAGUCCGUACCAUCAGCUCUCGCCAAUUCAAGCCUACCGACGAACAGUAACGUGACUUUUGAUUCUUUAAUCAACACGAUUAUUUCGCGAAAAGGUGCAGUUGACGCGUUCCGUAAUAAUAUUGUUGUUAAGAAGGAAGUUGCACUGCACAAAUGUCUUCUCGGCGAAUCGGAAAGGAGCGAGAACGCCGCCCGGGCGAUUCGUAUGAUUCAGAAACUUCGGAAUGUGACCAGCACGGAAAGUGAUGCCGUGGCAAAAAUAGCUACCACGGUCGGCCAAACGGCUGUUAUUUUAAAAAUACUUCCGAGUGUUCUGAAGGAUAUGAAAAGUCUUUCAAAUAUGCCAGAAGCAGAAGAGUUCAAGAAGAUGAAGAAUGCUCGCAAUGUCUCGAGAACUGUUUCAAGAGCGGCAGCGGGGAUCAGGAACAUCUGGAAGUUAUCGGAAGCGACAUCUUCACUGACUACUAUCAUGAAUGCAAGUCUGUUGGUGACGGAAAAAAUCGCCCAGAUUCCCAAUCGGAAACGAAGAGCCAUUCUGAAAUCGAAAGUGCUUCAAUGCUGGGGAAACCAUUCGGAUGACGUGGUGAAUAUCGACACGGUGCUCAAACAGAUCGGUUCCUUCCGAAGACACAUUGAUCAGGCGAAACCGAAAAGUCUGAAGGAUUACGGAACGGUCUUCACGAAUGCUAGUCUAAUCGACAGCAUUCAGAUGGACGUGGCCAAGAAGAUCGAAGCCAUCACUCAGAUUCUGACGAUUACUUCUGAUCCGACCGAAGUUAAGAAGCUCGAAACAAUCAAGAAUUCUCUUCAACAUCUGGAACCACUUGAUCUUCAGUUCGCCGGCUACCGUCUUUAUUUCCAAAGUGCCCCAAAGUCUCUCAACUCCUUGUGGAACGUCUUCACCGAAUUUUUCGCAGUUCCGGUUUCUGCCCCCGCACCCGCACCGUCUCAAGCUCAAACCACUUCGAAUGGCUCAACAACCAGUGUUGAAAGCACCGAAAAGGAGGAGUUUUCAACUCUAGAGUGAGUUUACAAAAGAAGUCGCAAAUUUGAAGUAUCCCGUUUGCAGGAUUAUCGGAAUAUGUGCGGGAGUUGUCGGCGGACUUUCUCUUCUGCUGACGGCAGGAUACUAUGGCCGCAAAAAAUUGAUGCAGCGAAAGGCGCUGAAACGACUGAAACUGCUGAGAAUCGAACGUGAGUCUGCCUUAGUCUCGUCUAAUAGUUUUAUAUUUUCCAGAGGACCGCAUCAAAGAAUGGCCGCUCCUUCUGAAAUGGAUCAGCGGUCUGAGGUUCAGCAGUCACAGCGAGUUGAUGAAAUUGCUGGUAAAAGUGCUGCUAGUCAUGAAGUACGAGGUGGCGGUGACCGUGCAGAACGGUCUGGGAGACCGCAGUCGAUCCGGCAUUCCGCUCAAUCCGAAAGCCUUCUUCCACGAUCGAAAAGAGCAGAACGUGUUGGACGGCGGUCAGAUCAUCACAAAAAGGGGUCUUAUGCUUCGCGCGACUCAGGCGCCGAUGGACGGCACCGAGGGGAAGGCUAACACGACGGCCGACUUCUGGAAGGAAGUCUCCGACGCCGCCACCGAGUUUAUUAUUCAUUGCGGACCACACCAGGAGGUCGACAUGCAAAAGAGCGGCGUUUAUUUUCCGUACAUCAACCAGACGGCCGUCUACGGAGACGUGGAGGUGAAGACGAUCAGCGAGAAGGCGAUUAUGAAGGGCGAGGUGAUCGAGAGAAAGUUCGAAGUGACGGAUACGACGUGAGUAUUCAAACGAUUCUGUAAUUUUGAUUUUUAAAAAAUUGAAUUAGAUCCGGCCAUCCUACUUUGACAGUCACUCACUGGCAGUACAUCACGUGGCUCCAGAUGGACGUUCCUGAGACUCCGGAGGUUGCGGUAGACCUGCUGAUGCUGGCCAACAAGUGCGAGACGCCGGUGAUGGUGGUGUGCUCGACGGGACGAGGACAAUCGGUCGCCCUGAUUGGUACGGCUUCAAUUUGUCCGGUUGCUAACAAGAAACGCGACGACAUUUCAGGCAUGGAGUACAUUGCGAGAAUUGUGGAGAAACCCUAA